GCACUCUCCCAAGAAAAAAAAUGCUCUCUAGCAAAGCACACCAAACUGAACAUGUGUAGAGUGUCUCCACGCGAUAUGUCUUAUCAGGAGAUAAGAGGGGGACACGGGAAGAAGGGGAGGAUCAGAGAAGACAGGGAUCUAACAGGAUUUUUACACAAUGCAGAGGAUUAACCCCUUAGGUUCCACAAUGAGUAUAUCAAGCAUGCUUUACUGCCAGGGGCGGACUGACCAUUUGGAAACUCGGGCACUGCCCGAGGGCCCGGGGUCAGUAGGGGGCCCCAUGAGAUGCCCCUGGUACCUU